AUGUCAAGCAAAUCUAAUUCAAAGAGAUCCAAACACUCGGCAGCAUCGUCUAGUACCACCAGGAGAAGCUCCGCACGGCAUCUCAGUAGCUCCAGCCAAAGGCUAAGUCGUCACAGAAGAAGUAACCGAGUCAAGUCUCAUUUGGAUAGUACGCCUAACGCCACUACAGUAAGGUUUUUAGUGAAUAUUUGAAUUUUGAAGUUCUCCCGUAACGCAUACAACGGCCAGUUUUUGUAAAUUCUUGCUGUUUUUUAAAAAGUACUUAAAAAUCUAUUUAUUUUAGAACCAGUCUCCAUGGCCGCGCCUUCAGACAAAUCAAAAUAAUGGUCCUCUUCACGUGUACAAAACCUCAACCUACGAAGAUUUGGCUGUUCAGUGCGAAACGAUCAUAGACAACGCUCAUGAAAAGAUAGAACGACUGUUUCUUAUCACUUAUCUACAAAACUUUUCGGUCGAUAAUGAUGAACAAAUCUGCCUCAAUUACACCGACUUUUCCAACUGUUUCAGCAGAGAGAUGACUCCGUAAGUUUUUAUGUUGUACAAGGUAGUACAGUUUAAAGUUAUGACAAGCUUUAAAAGAUACGACUGUUCAGGAUAAUCGUAUGUAUGGCUUUAUAAUUGUCAUUUAGACCCAUUUCUCCAAAAACGUACCAACCCCAGCAAACUCGGACGCCUUUCUCAACACCUACCUCAUCAAUCAAAGAAGGCCCUCACACUCCAACAUCCGAUUUUGAAACGUCGAAAAACGAUGGCAAAAUCACUCAACCUCCAAAUACCCCAAAUUUAGACUUAUUUUUUGCUGCACCGUGCAAUGAAUGCAAAGCCAGUCCGGUGAACCGAGAAGAUACGGCGAAGGCGGCGGCAUUGUGCCUGUUGAAAGGAAUGGGACUGUUUGGACAAAAAAUGCGGCAUCGUAGCCCAGCUCAAAGUUUGAGGCUUAAAAGUACACUUAAUGUAAUAAUUUAGGGCUUUUAGAAAAAAGUUUUUAAAGCAUAAAAAAAAAUUUUGGGCUUAAACGAAAUUUUUAAAUUUAAAGUGAAAUCCUAUAUCAAUUUCACAGUCAAAAAAUAAGUAUAAAAUACAAAAAUUUUUAGGAAAACAUGCUCGAAGAAGACCAUACUGCCGAAGAAAUAGUACCAGUAAAAAAAGAAAGUUUAGUCACAUUUCCGAAAGCCUACAGAGUCAAACAACGUAAAUCAGCGACAAAAAGUGACACAUCAGAGGAAACUUCGAAUACGACGGAAGGAUCAAAAUCGAAGGUGAAGUCUAACGGUAAGGACAUUUACAGGAAUCGAAAAUGUGAAAAAAAAAUUGUACUGUAUUAAAAUUUUUCUUUGAUUUUUCAGUUUAGUAAGGAUUUUUUAAUUAAAAAUGUUUUAGCUGCCCUGUCCGUUACGGAAUUAGAAAAUGGAAUGGAAAUUACAUUGAAGUUGACUUUAAACGUUGGAGAAUACAGUAAGCCUUUUAGCCCGUUUGUAUAGUAAUUUUUUCAUAGUUAAAAAGUUUAUGAUAUAAUCAUUAAAAAAUGUUUCAACAUUUUUUAGCGACUAAACCAGCCAACGUAGUGUUCAAAUGUAGCGGUUCGGAUAACCGACCGGUAGAUGUCACCCUCAAUGGGGUAAGUGGAUGGAACGAUAAACAAGGACCAAUUGCGACCAAAAAAAUUUGA